AGUGAAAAAAAAAGGCUCGGACUCCCCAUCAGCCUCCUUCACUUCUCCUCACAAAACCCUGAACCCACCGAGAGCUGUUAGCCGCUCGGAGUCGAGUUACAUGCAACCAUUCCAAUGGUGUAACGGCUGCCUCUGUGGUCUAGGGCUGCAGCGAUCAGACUGCGAAAUGACGUCGGAGGAUCUGUAUCACCUGCCACUCAACGUGUAUGUCAUCGUGCUGGGCAUUGGCCUGUUCGUCUUUAUGCUCAGCGUCAUCUUCUGCUGCUACCUAUUCCGGUUGAAACAGCAAGACACUAGACAGCAGUACAGCUACAAUGAGGUGGUGCUGAAAGGGGCGGGGAAGAAGCUGAGCCUGCUGGGACAGCCCUGUGCAGUGUGUCUGGAGGAAUUCAAAGCCCGAGACGAGCUGGGUGUGUGUCCGUGCUCACACACCUUCCAUAAGAAGUGCCUGUUGAAAUGGCUGGAGAUCCGCAGCGUCUGCCCCAUGUGCAACAAGCCAAUCAUGCGACUACACAACGACAACCCUCCGCGCGGGGCCGAGGGUCCGCAAGACCCUGAAGAGGUGUGACCCUGAAAAACCAAUGAUGUAACACCCUUAACAAAAGAAAAACGUACAAAAAAUAAGCUUACUGGCCCUACGGCCAUGUUCAUUAUCUCCAAUACUGCCACCAUUGGAGCACACACAAUCUGACCCAAUGACACGUGAGGAGAUAGCAUUCAAAUAUAUAGCUGCUCUCCAUUAUGCACCAACCUUUUUGGAGGCCUAGUGAACUGCCUGCUGUGUCAUCAUAUAGACAGGGGGUGGGCAGAGAACCAAAACCACCCCCCCCCCCAAACACACACACACACACACACACACACACACACACACACAAAUGCCUCCAUUCAAGACCUAGCACUUGAUUGGCAAAAGCCAAAAAUAGCUGCCCGAUUUACUCCGCAAUGUUCUGUGAAUAGACCAGAGUUCCUUAGCGAGGCACAAGCUGUGCGUGUUCUAGGUAAGGUCGGAGGUCAAGAGGGAGGUAAACACCUUGGUGGUUUGCCUCAGGGGGCGUCUCCAAGCAACCGGCUCUAAUGAGGAACGGAACUGAAGUGGAGCAACUCUAUGAAAAGCACUACGGCUCGCUCACAAGGACAGUGCUCAACUACAAAAGCAGGAGGGUCUUACUGCAGUUUGAAAGUCUGAGAGUCUGCUAUGUACUGAUGUUUCGAGGCUAUAGAGCGUAGGUAAAAUGUAUUUGUCUGUUCGACUGGUACUACAAGUCUUUACUUGGGCCUUGUCUAGUGCUUACAAGAAGAAAAAUAUAUAAAAAAACAAACAAAAAUAUGAAUUAGUAACCAGCAGUUACAAUGUACUUCCCCAUUAUUGAAUAUGUAUCAGAGUCUCAAUUGACCUCACCCUACUUUUUUCUUAUUUUGUAUGGUUUGGAUGUUUUUUGAAUAAAAAUGUCAUGUUUUGUGGUUAAGAAUCUUGAA